AUGAUAAUCACUAAAUCAUUUAAAAGACCUCACUCUUUCAUAAUCAUCUCCUCCCAGUUUCAACCCAACCCUCUUCCAGGCCGAUUGGCGUCAACCCCCUUCUUCGACUCGUUCGUUCGCUGGCAAAUCAGCCUUCUCCAUGCCGCCAAGAAGAUCGAUUUCAGAAAACGAUACACAAUCUACUCGCCAAAAGACGGUCAACCAUGUAUGGAUCACGAUCGUGCCAGUGGAGAAGGCGCAUUGGCUCAUAUCAAAGAGGAUAUCUACUUGGUGGCAGCCACGUUGAGACCUGAAACGAUGUACGGACAAACGAAUUGUUAUCUCCAUCCGGAUAUUCAAUAUUCUGUAUUCUAUGCAACGGAGAACGAGAGUCAAGUGUUUGUGGCCACUGCUAGAUCUGCUAGAAUUAUGUCAUAUCAAGGAUUGACGAAAGAGAACGGAAAGGUUCGAUAUGUCGCUGGACUCGAGAAGAUUGCUGGUGCUAAACUUCUCGGCGCUCCUCUCUCCGCCCCUCUCGCCAAGUACGAAAGAGUUUAUGCUCUUCCAAUGCUCACUAUCAAGGACGAUAAGGGAACUGGAGUCGUCACAUCUGUCCCUUCAGAUUCUCCAGAUGAUUUUGCUGCUCUCUCAGAUCUCAAGAAGAAGAAACCAUUGAGAGAGAAGUAUGAAUUGACGGAUCAGAUGGUUCUCCCUUUAUUAGCCAAAGCCGCCGCCAAGAAGGUUUUGGAGCCAAUGAGAACUUUCAAUGAUGAGACUCGUCGUUCACUUGAAACCACCGUCGAUUGGCUCCACGAGUACGCGUGCUCUCGUAGCUACGGUCUUGGCACCAAACUUCCAUGGGAUACCCAAUAUCUUAUUGAAUCUCUUUCCGAUUCCACCAUCGCCUACUACGCCGUUGCUCACCUUCUUCAACAAGGAGUAUUCGAUGGAUCUGCUGUUGGACGAGAGAGGCUGUGCGCUGGAAUCGAUGAGCCAAUGAGUGAAUCUCUUGUCUUCCGUUUCAUUGAAUCUCAAAUGGUCAUUCUCUCCCCAAUCUGCCCACAUAUCGCUGAAUACAUUUGGCAAUUGCUCAAGAAGGAUGGACUUAUCAUUGAUGCUCCAUGGCCUGUCACUGACGCUGUCGAUGAGAAGUUGGCACUCGGUUCUCGAUUCAUAUCUGACUCGAUGGCCGAGUUCCGUGCUCGUCUCAAAACUUAUAUGGCGCCAAAGAAGAAGGGAGCCAAGGAGAACACAACGCCACCAACUGAGGCUGUUAUUUUCACAAAGGCGAAAAUAACCACGGAAGUUCAAGUGACUUCUGAAGUCAAGAAGACGUCGUCAGAUGUAGUGGUGAAGAGAGAGGAUGAUGAGGAGUCGGAUAAUGAGGAUAUUCUCGCGCUCCCAACAACUACAGUAAUCAACCGAAAGAAGGUUCUAGCGAAAGCAAACAACGGAGCACUUCCAGAUAACAAAGUGAUUAGUCAGAUGAUCGGAAAAGAGGAUUCAUUGAAGAAAUUCGCAAAGAAAGCGAUGCCAUUCGUCCAGAUGAUCAAAGAAAGAUACGAACAGAAGGGAGCAUCAGCUCUUGCCUCUUCCAGUCCAAUAGAUCAAACUGCUAUCCUCAAUGAGAAUAUUGAUUUCAUUAUGAAUGCUUUGGAUUUGGAUCGUGUCUCUAUCCGACAUACCGAUGAGGAAGGAGUCGACCCGAACUUUGUGGAGACUACCGUUCCAUUGGUGCCGAUGAUGAGCUUCUUGCCACAGAGGCCAAACGUGAAUCUCAUCUUCCGAAACGUCCAAAUCUGCAAUGCAAUGUUCGACGUGGUCGUUCCGAUUUGCGACGGCGACACUGUUUCGAUGAUCAUCCGGAAGUUGAGACGUAUCAGCAAGGCUAUCAAGCUUGCUGCUCUUUCGGAUCUCAAGAAGAAGAAACCAUUGAGAGAAAAGUAUGGAUUGACGGAUGAGAUGGUUCUCCCAUUCGAUCCUACUCCAAUCAUUAAAAUCGAAGGACUCGGAGACUUGGCUGCUGUUGAGAUGUGCUCGAGACUGAAAAUCGAGUCACAGAAUGAGAAGGAUAAGUUGGAGGAGGCAAAGAAGGAGGUGUACUUGAAAGGAUUCUACGAUGGAGUCAUGCUUGUCGGGAAGUACGCCGGGAAGAAGACAGCCGACGUCAAGAAAGUUAUUCAGGAUGAUUUGAUUGCCGAGGGUCUCGCCACGAAAUACGUGGAGCCAGAGAAGAAAGUUAUCAGUAGAUCUGGAGAUGACAACAAACCAAAGUACCUCGUCACUUUCCCAUUCCCCUACAUGAAUGGACGUAUGCACUUGGGACACACAUUCUCCGCGUCAAAAUGCGAAUUCGCCGCCGGAUUCCAACGUCUUCAAGGCAAACAAGUGCUGUUCCCGUUCGGAUUCCAUUGCACCGGAAUGCCAAUCAAAGCGUGUGCUGAUAAGCUGAAACGAGAGAUGGAGGACUUUGGAUAUCCACCGAAUUUCCCAGAAGACGUUGAAGAAGUCGUCAAGGAGGAAGUGUCAGCUGUCGAUGAGAUUAUCAAGGAUAAAAGCAAGGGAAAGAAGAGUAAAUUGGUGGCGAAGACGGGAAAUGCCAAGUAUCAAUGGCAGAUUAUGAAGUCGUUGGGUUUGGAGGAUGAGGAGAUCAAGAAGUUCUCGGAUCCAACUUAUUGGUUAUACUAUUUCCCGCCACAUUGCAUUAAUGAUUUGAAGAAAAUGGGAUUGAAGGUGAAUUUUGAUCAAGAUUUUCAGUACGGAGCAUGUUUGUAG